CGGGCAUGGCGGGUUGCUAGGUGCUGUCGUAUGUCGUAUGACGCGUCGUGUGCGAGUUUGUGAAACGUGAGGAACGCUUCAAGCGAAAGCCGAACUACGCCAUAUCCAUGUAUGCGCUCGUUCGUUAUAUAGACGAUAUAGUUAGUCGGUUCUACACGAUUCCUGUUGCACACAUCAAGGACUUUGAGCCUACCAACACGUCGGACUCCGACAAAAAGAAGGUGUAUUCUGCUUUUUGGGAACACGAGGAGUCUGCCGGGUACUACAAGGCGCAGAUAUAUAUGCUGGGAGAAACUGAGAGGGAAAUAGUGGAAAAACGGCAGAAGAAACGUAUGGCUAAGCCACGACUUGAUAACGAAUAUGAAAUUGGGGACCCACCCAUUGCAAAGAAGCAGAAAAAUGAUGGCCAGCGUGUGCGGAAAAACAGGGCUGCUGCUCAGCAGGACACGUGGCAGGACAUUCUCCGGGAACAUGUGCCGGAGUCAAAGAAAAGAAAGGCUCGGAUACAUGAAUCCGAUAUAGACUCGGUGAGCAGCAGUGACUGUUUGGUAGCAGCUGACGAAGUCAAGAAAGCGGAAGCUGAAGCAACAUUUUGGCGACGUCGCUAUGAAGCAGCAGAAAAGAAGUCCCAGCUCUUGGAAACUAAAGUCAGCAACCUUGAAGAAUGCCUGCAUUCGAAGAUGCUAUUAAUGGAACCAGCCAUAGAAAGAUUCCUGCAAGCUGCAUCCCGUUUGCCUGAGACCACAACUGCAUCAUCAUCUUCAAUGGCCUUGGACAUUGCGGAUGAUGGUUCUACCCACACGUCUUCCGUAUCAGAGGCGUCCCUCUCGCAGGCCAGCAGCCCAUGUUAUGUUUCAAAUGCACCAUUGCCAGUUACGGGACCUAGCAAGCUUCCACCACCUUUCACACAAGUGGGUGGCCAGGUCCACUUGACUUCGGGCGUAUUGGUAACGUCACAGAGCAAGAAAGAUCUUCGGGAACAAAAAAGCCACCAUUGUGGUCAAAGAUGGUGCGGAGGCAAUUUGGGGCACGCCGUCUUUGGCACUCCGGACACCCACAGGGAAGAGCACCAAUGGAGACAAGAUGAAGCUGACUCCUCAAAAAGUUGACGUUGUCAGAGCAACACUCCAUGAAUGGGGGAAAAGACGCAGCGUUUGCAUCACAGACAUUGAAGACAAGCUAAACGCCGUGUUGUCAUCGAAGUGCCAGGACGCUGCUCGCAAGGGAAAGAAUUAAGUACAAGUUGACGUACCUUCUUUAGCCAAGCAAAAUGUCUUCAUCACUCAUGGACAUACUGUAACCUACCUUUUAUUGACUGUGAUAGCCGCGCAGUUUUGUUUCUUUUUGAAAACUUGUUAUUGUUGUGCACAGGUGCACACAUUGCUCACCCUUAGUACCAUCUCGCUAUUGUGAAGUACUGUUCAUUGUUUUGUCUUCUUCUGUUCAGGUCAGGUCAUCUAAAUCUGCCGUACUAUUGAGCCGCGCUGUGCUCUUUUUUUCUUUUUUGUCUUAAAUUGGUGUUUGCAGGCAGUGUCAGUACUGGCUGACAUCAACUCACUACUUACACUUCGAUUUUUGUAGCAACGAUUUCUCGGCUUGCUAUCUGAUCUGCAGGCAUAUAAAAUAGAAAACCGAAGGAACCCAAUAUCGGUAUACACAGAAAAGCGAAAUCAGCAUCAGGUGACAUUAUCAGUAGCAUCGUACUUAAGGCCUAAAGAAUAGCUGUAGCACAAUCAGGAACAGACAAACCGUGCAAUGGAGCCUUCUGGCUUACGUUCAGCCAUAUACCAGAACAAAGUCAUCCACAGAAAUAAGAUGUCCACCAUCAUGUGUGGUCAGCCACAAACCUGAAGACUACCUGCAAAUGCCUUUCCAUUGAAAAGAGGAGGGAUUGCUUUCUCUGAAUCUCACUAUAAUGCCAGCAUGCAUCCUGAUAUGUAGGAAGGUGUUUUUCUUGAGAAGGUCAUUAUCACAUGUUCAUAAAAACAUCGGGAAUGCUAUACUCAUUUGGCAUUUGACACAUAAAGCUUGUGGCUUCUUUAACGUUUUAUUAUUUCGAUUUUAUCAGAUAGUGUGUGCUAUCGCCUCACAUAGUAUUUCACAUUAGCCUGGUGUACAGAGCGACAUAUCUGUGAUAACCUACCCCAUUUUAGUGUUUCAUACGUCAUUUUCAGUCAGAGUGCAAAUGUAGGCAUAAUAACUGUCAAUGAGUGAAGUUGCCUAAUUGAGCCAGUGUGUUAUAUACUCAAGAGAAAGAAAAAAAGUGUCUAAUAAUAUAUGUUUCAAGACUAAGUUUUUGUAAGUCUAUAUAGGUCGAACACAUUCAUCUGAAAUCUCCAGCCCCUCGAAGAAAGCAGUUGUGUCAGCUCCGUCAUGCAUGCUAAGAUGAUACAGGUUGGGACAAAAGUUUACGGAACACGCGAGCGGCGUAUUUUUUCGUCGGUACGACACCCUAGCGGCUGGCGGAAGCGGGUGAGUUCAUUGCUUCGGAGGGGUGCAAGCGUGCGAUGCCAGAGACACAGCGGUAGUUCCGGUAUCGCCUGGUUGUGUUUGGGAAGUGGAAGCUACCGCUGUGUGUCGCUAACAGCGUACCCUUCCACCCCUCCGAAACAGUGAACUCACCC